ACGCACAGAUUUGCACAUACGUCCGUCCGCACAUACGCAGACACGCGGCUGCUGCUGCUGCGCGCGCGGGAAGCCGCGGCCGCGGCCGCGACCGUUGCUGCUGCUGAUGCUGGGUGGUGCUGGGCUGCUAGGUAGCUGGGUGGUGCUGCUGGGUGGGUGGGUGUUUGGCGGCGGCAGCGGCUGCUGGCUUGCCACGAGCUCACCCGCUGCCCGCUGCCCGCUGCCCGUUGCCCGCUGCCCGUCGCCCGUUUCCCGUUUCCCGCUGCUGCCCGCCGGGUGCUGGCUGGUUGGUGGUUGGCAGGUUUGACAGCUGCUUGCCUGCUUACGAAGUAGCUAAUUAACGCGUAGUUAAGUGCUAGGUU